UGUUCAUGUCAUGUCUUGCAGGUGAGCAUCUGAGGAUCUGUCCACAAGGCUACACCUGCUGCACCUCGGAGAUGGAGGAAAACUUUGCCAAUAUCAGCAAAUUAGAUUUUGACAACUCACUGCGAGACUCCAGCCUGUCAGUGCAAACCCUGCUUAUCUCACAGAACAAGAACUUUGAUAGAUACUUCCAGGACCUGUUGAAUAAGUCGGAGCAGACUCUCCUGGACACUUUCCCUAAUCGUUAUGGGGAGCUGUACAGCCAGAACGAUGGGAAGAUUUUCAGAGACCUGUAUUCAGAGCUGCGUCAGUAUUACCGCGGCCCUGCAGUUAACUUGGAGGAGGCAUUAACAGAGUUCUGGAGCCAUCUGCUGGAGCGUGUCUUCAAGGCACAGAAUCCACAGGUCACUUUUUCCUACGAGUAUUUGGACUGCUUAGCAAAGCAGUAUGACCAGCUUAAGCCAUUUGGGAGACAUUCCACGGGAAAUGAAGCUAAAAGCCACCAGGGCAUUUAUUGCUGCCCGUUCAUUUGUCCAGGGACUAGCAGCUGCUGCAGACAUCGUCAAGAAAGUCACCCAGGUUCCCAUAAGCAAAGAAUGCACACGCGAAGUCAUGAAACUGAUGUACUGUCCAUUGUGCCGGGGCCAUGCUAAUACAAAGCUGUGUGAUAACUACUGCUGGAAUGUAAUGCUGGGAUGUCUGGCUAAUCAGGCAGAUUUGGACUCUGAAUGGAGAAAUCUGAUUGAGUCUUUAUUGCUAGUUGCGGGCAAGUUUAAUGGAGCUGCUGGAGUGGAGUACAUUGUGGGAACCAUCCAUACAAAGAUUUCUGAUGCUAUAACCUACAUGCAGGAGAACAAGGACUUAGUAACCAACAAGUUGUUUAAAAGUUGUGGAAACCCCAAAAAAGGUGGCAAGACUCCCAAACCAGAGGAGAGAAAAAGAAAAGGAAAGGCUGCUCAAGAAGAUAAAUCUACGGUGCCCAGCAUGGAGAACCUGGUAUUAGAUGUAAAAGCGACACUCAGUGACAUCCAGGAUUACUGGAUAUCAUUACCAAGUUUAUUCUGCAACGAAAAGAAUAUUGCUGGCCAGGGCAAUGAAGACAAGUGCUGGAAUGGAAUGACCCGAGCGAGGUACAUGCCAGAACGGAUGGGCAGUGGCCUUGCCAGCCAAAUAAAUAACCCUGAGAUUGACGUAGAUAUUACCAAGCCUGAUAUGACCAUCCGUCAGCAGAUCAUGCAGCUGAAAAUCAUGACAAACCGUCUCCGCAAUGCCUACAAUGGAAAUGAUGUGGACUUUCAGGACACAAGUGAUGACAUCAGCGGAUCAGGAAGUGGAGAUGGCUGCACUGACAGCGUCUGCAUCAAAACAGCGUCAGGAGAUGCUUCCGUAGUGCACACACAGACACAUAUCACUCACAAUUCCAAAUCAUCAGAAAAGCCAGGGAACAGUGCUUACGUCCACUCAUGGAACCUUCUUAUAGUUGUCGUGGCUUUGCUUGUGGCAUUUUCUGCCCGAUGGUAA